GCAGACUACCAGUAUCAGCUCCUACGGUGUAAUGUUGAUUUGUUGAAGAUUAUCCAGCUUGGCCUUACCUUCAUGAAUGAACUGGGUGAAUAUCCACCAGGAACUUCAACAUGGCAGUUCAACUUCAGAUUUAACCUCACUCAAUGUCUUCCUGAAGUCUGGAACCCAUAUACAUCACCAGACGCUGGGUUUCUUCCCUGGUGAUGCUCUGCCAGGCCUUUACUGCAGCUGUCUUCAGUUCCUGCUUGUUCUUGGCACGUUUUGCCUUCAGCAAGUCAUAUACAUGCGCAAUUUGAUUCAGGCCCGGUGAUUGACUUGACCAUUGUAGAACAUUCCAUUUCUUUCCCUUUGAUUGCUUCUGAAGUUUGCUUUGGCUCAUUGUCUAUCUGCAUUGUGACGUGCCUUCCAAUGAGUUCUUAAGCAUUUGGCUGAAUCUGAGCAGAUAAUAUAGCCCUAGACACCUCAGAAUUCAUCUUGCUGCUUUUGUCAACAGUAGCAUCAUCAAUAAAUACAAAGGAACUAUUUCCCUUGGCAGCCAUACAUGCCUACACCAUAAGAUGUGGUGGUAUGCUUUGGAUCAUGAGCAGUUCCUUUUCUUCUCCAUACCCUACUCUUCUCAUCAUUCAGGGAAGAUAUGUAUGCACAGGAUUCAAUUGAGCUACUGACUACAUCAGGUCUCCAAUUCAAAAAGCAUGAAGAAGAAGGCAUUGAGACACUGUAUUUUGCAGAGCUCCUCAUGACUUCAGGUGUGGUGCUCUGUGAAGGGGUCAAGUGGCUGUCGUUCCAUAGUGGCUAUGACUUUGGAUACUUGAUCAAAAUCUUGUCCAACUCAAAGCUGCCAGAGGAAGAAGUUGACUUCUUUGAGAUUCUUCGUUUAUUUUUCCCCAUUAUCUAUGAUGUGAAAUACCUCAUGAAGAGCUGUAAAAACCUGAAGGGUGGCCUGCAGGAGGUAGCUGAGCAGCUGGAUCUGGAGAGGAUUGGGCCUCAGCAUCAGGCAGGCUCAGACUCUCUCCUCACAGGAAUGGCAUUCUUUAAGAUGAGAGAGAUGUUUUUUGAGGAUCAUAUCGAUGAUGCAAAGUACUGUGGUCAUUUGUAUGGACUGGGCUCUGGUUCAUCCUACGUCCAGAACGGCACCGGCAACGCCUAUGAAGAGGAAGCCAACAAGCAGCAGUCAUGACACAACAAGAACCAGCUCACUAUAAAGAACUUCACCUGCAGGGCUUAAAACAUGUUUUUUUUUUUUUAGUUUUUCAUGAGAUGUUCGAUAGGAAUUUGCACUUUAAAGCUCUAAGGAGACUCUUGGUUUUAGAUGAAAAGCUAAAAAAAAAACUUCCUCCACUUUGUUGCCUUCUCUACGUUAAUCUUUUGUCACAACACAUUCCUCUUUUAUCAUCAGACAAGAAAAAUAUUGGUGUUUUAUUUUCCCCCUGCAAAGCUCAGCCUAAAGCUACAUUUUAUGUUUUUUUUUUAUCGUUAAUUUAUUGCAUUCAUUCACACGCUUUGUUGAGUAGCACACAGGCUAUUUCAACCAAAAAAAACAGUAGGCCAGUUACCUACAUGUAGUUAUUCCCUGAUCCAAGGAGUACCAUGUCGAUAUCUCACAACCCGCAGUAGCUUGAGACAGAUGGAGCGAGAGACAGUCACACACCGGAAGUUCCUGGCACUUGAUGGCACGAGUGAAGCCUUGCACUGAUUUUACCUUUAUGUUGGGCUAACACAGGUUUUACCACAAAAUAGGAGAGUGAUGCAUAACUGCCACUGUUUAAUUGAACUGAGGUCACCUCUUCUGUAUCAAGACUGUCUUCAUUUCAUUUUUAAAAAACUGACUUAAAGGUUUUGUAGAAUUUUAGUAUAAAAUCAAAGCCUUUUAUUCAUUGUGCUAUUUAAAAAAAAAAACUCUUAACCAACUCAAGUACUCUGUCAGUGGAAUUAUAUUUACCUGUAGCACUGGUUUUUCAUUCAUGCAUGUUUUGUGCUGUUUGGGUUUUGUUUUGUGCAUGUACUGAUAGCGUUUGAAUAAAUGCUGUGUUGAGUCAUGGUCUGAGCUUUUA